AUGCCUUCCCACAGGAGAGUCCGACUUCUCUUCUAUGCCGUCCUGGCUGCCGUUGUCAUCAUGCUCUUCUUCACCUCACACCUGCGCCGGACGAGCCCACAAGACACGCGGACAUCCCGAGACUUUUAUCACAAAACAACCGAUGCCUUGGAAAAGACCCAAGGGGUCAUGGCCGGUGACGGCACCCUGAAGCCCGUCGAGCGGCACGACCACGACGCCGAUGGCGACAUAGACGAGGAUGACGAGAUCGUUGCCAAGGCCAUGGCCGAUCGCCUCAGAGCCGCCGAGCAAAAAGCCAAAGACAUCGCCAAUGCCAAGGCCCCCAACAAACCCGACCCGCCUUCGAAUAUCAUCGGUGUUGGAAGCUCGGCAAGCGGUCAGAAGAAGACGGACGAUGCACUUAAGAAGCAGGAUGGGACCACAGACACUGACGAGAGCAGUGAUGUGGCUGAGCUGGAUGCCGAGAUGGACUCCAUCUUCGCGAAAUCUCCCGUGAUCAUUUUCUCCAAGUCGUACUGCCGGUACUCGGCCAGGGCAAAGGGCGUCUUGAUGGAGAAGUAUCUAAUCGAACCGAAGCCCUUCGUCGUCGAGCUCGACCAGCACCCACUCGGUCGGCAAAUACAAGCGAGGCUGUUGGCCAUGACAGACCGAAAGACGGUGCCCAACAUAUUAGUUUAUGGCAAGAGCAUUGGCGGCGGCGACGAGAUAACUACCCUGGACAAUGAGAAGACGUUGGCCGCCAAGAUCAAGUCCAUUGCUGGCAAGCGCGUCGACGUGACAGAGCGCUUUGUCGAAGACGUCCAAAAAACAAACUAG